AUGCUGUGUAUCCCAGGCAUAGCCGGCAUGUCACCGGGAAGUGUACAAUCACAUCCAAACUGUUCUGCGCCGAUUCAGCUCGGCCACGAUUUGCGAACAAAGCCGCUCCUUUCAAAGCCUUACGGGACAUACAGCACUUGCGAGCACGAAUGUCCAGUGGUGUUCUCAUUAAAAAUCAUCGGCAUCACGGUGCCGCGGUUGAAACAGCCGGGCGAGUCAGUGACCCUGGUCUGCGAGUACGACCUGGAGGGGGGGAAGCUGUACUCUGUGAAGUGGUACCGGGACAACGAGGAGUUCUACCGGUACAUGCCGGGUUUGAUACCGCCGCAGCACGCGCAUCGACUGGACGGCGUUAAAGUUGACUUGGAGAAAUCAUCAGCUCGUCGCGUCUACCUUCGGAACCUGACCCUCAAAUCCCGGGGUCUGUACCGAUGCGAGAUCUCAGCGGAGAAGCCUUCAUUCCACUCCGCGCACUCGGAGGCUUUCAUGGAAAUAUACUAUUUCCCUCGAGUGAGCCCUCAGAUAGUUGGGCACGAGCACCCGUACAAGGCGCAUGAGCCCCUCGACGUCAACUGUACCUCCGCGGAGUCCUUCCCGGCGCCCGAACUCCAGUGGCAUAUUAACGGAAAAAAGGUGACAGACCAGUCGUGGCUGGUGGCGUACGAACCAACGGCAUCAUCUCAGGGUCUGAUGGUGUCCACCCUCGGGCUACGAGCCCCAGCUCGAUCGCACAUGAGAAUUCGCUGUACAGCAACUUUUGAAACUCACAAACGAGAGAGAAUAGUCUCAAUAGUGACUAGCGCAGCGCAUAGAAGACAAUUUCAAGCUCUGAUAAUGCUGGCAUACCUUUGCGUACAUUACUUCUACGACACUACGUGAUAUCUACUUUAAUAAC